ACCAAUCGUACCCCAUCACACCGCCUGCAGGCGACUCUCCCUUCUCGCUCCUUAUACCGGUAACAGCAAUCCUGAAAACACGAAACACGAAUCCUUCUCGCGCCUUCCGUAGUGGCGCUUUCCGACGGCGCCUGCUCCCGCCGCACCGACAAGCCAAGGAAAUCAAAUUCGCGUCAGAUCAACAGGGAUUUCAUCUCAGCCGUCGGUCCUCGUCGUCACCAGCCAUCUUGGCCGUCCAGUUCUGUCCCAGCCAUCAGCCAUCAAGCACGAGCACUGAGCCUAAGCUAUUCCUGCUUCUGUUGCGGGAAUGGCGAAGAAGAGAAGCAAGCGCGCUGCUGCACCCUCAGAUACCGCCAAGGGCUCAGCGGAUGACGCUGGAGGGAGAGCGGCUGCAGCCGCGUCGGCGUCUGCAGAAGGAAGAGAGGCGGAGAAUGAAGGGGCGGACGAAGGGGCUCAGGUGACAGAGAGCAGGCGAGUGCAGAAGAGAGCCGCCAAGCAGAUGAGACUGAUGGACAAUUUGAGACGAACGCAAACGCUGAUUGCUGCUGCUAGGGGAGACUCAAAGACCAAGAAGGCGUCUAAAAAGAAGAAGGGAGCGGUCUCCAACCUCCCUACAAGCCUCACGUUGGACACCCUUGCAUCGGCGCUGGGGGACGCCCUGCCAGAUGCGCUCACCCUCACCAAGGAGGCAGACAAGCGCCACUCGCUGCUGUCAGCAAAGCAGCGAGGGAAGAUUGUAGUUGAGGAGACCAAGCAAAUGGCAGCAGUGCUUUCUCACCCCGCCUUCAAAGCCGACCCAUUUGCCGCCAUUCAGCAGCAUCUCUCCAACACACUACCCUCAUCAGUCGCAGCCCCCCCUCUCCCUACCAAGUUCGCAACGAGGCAAGCUCAACAGGCUUUGGAAAAGAAGAAAAGGAAAAAGAAGGGGAAGAAGAAAUCAGGCGGGCACGGCGGGGAAGGUGCUAUGGAGAUGUGAUGGCAUGGAAGAGCAGACAAGUCGGCGUCGUACCGCCUAGAAGCUCAAUGCGGCUAGUUAGCAUUGAGACAAGAGUGAGGUACACUUGUGGGGGGAGGCGGAGGAGGGGGGACAAGAAGAGCAUGCUAUGGAUUUAUGUAGUAGCAACAAAUGAGCCAGUCCUUUUAAUUCGCAAUGACAGCCGUAUGCAUGUACAUGUAGGAAUCUUUGAUCGGAAAGUGAUGCCAAAUUGCAU